UAAAGCAGGAAUAGAAAACGGUGCUGUGAGUUUCGCUUUCCCCACCACUGAAGGAAUGCAAAGACGGACAUUGGUGCUUUUGCGCAGAGGCAAGCCGCGCCCACGCGCAAGUAUGUUUCCCGACAAGUAUCGCCGCGUACCGAGCUUGUUGAAGCCCCAGCAAGGUGGGCAGCAAUAUUUCUCGGAGUUUCUCAUCCGCACUGCGAAUGAGGAGGUCCUGCGCAGCGCCCCCGAUGCGUCUGAUGAGGCGCGCAGCUCCGGAAUCCACCCGCGGCUACCACAGCAAGAUCUUCAGGAGAGUAUCGCGCGCACGACGCGUGAGAGCAUCGCGGAGGAUAUGAAGCAACUGAUCGAGCAGGAUGCGUUUAGUACCACGCGUGGCUUUAACCAAUUACAAUGGUAUGAGCAGGAGCACGAGCGUCUGCAUCCGAAAAAUGCCAACGCUGCAUUUCCCGAGCAAGAGCUAAAAGAGUCGUCCCAUAGUGAUCUGCCGGAACGCGUGCUUGGUGAGGAUUAUUUUAAGGAUCGCUAUGGCUACUCACUUCUAAAGGAUAGCACGACCUCAGACGCGGCAGAUGCGUCCAUCAUUAACUACUCACAGCUAGACUUAUGGGGCGAGAUGCCGAAAUAUCAUCGGGAUAUGGUUUUCCUGUAUUUAGUUUCAAGGCGUCGCAACACCUACGCGGUCGCUUACAACUACGAGGGCAAGCGGCUUCUCACAACGUACACGGCGGGUAACCGAGGGCUGAAGGGUGGCGACCGCGGCUUUCGGGCCGACGGCUCGACUGACAACGGGCAUCAGGUGACCAGCAUGUAUCUGAAUGAUCUCCUCCCGAAAAUUCGUGAGCAGCGCGCCGCCGAUGGCAGGCCGAUGCAGAGAAACGAAAAGAUUGAACUCGUUGUGCGCGUCAUGGGCUUUUACAAUGGCCGUCAGGGCGCGGUUCGCGCGGUGCAGGACCGCUCCGCAGACUUUGUGGUUCGCUAUAUCGAAGAUAUUACGCCGUUUCCCCUGAAUGGACCUAAGAUGCCAAGGGGUGUGUUUAAGUAGUGUUUCUUACCACCAUCACAGAGGAGAUGCGUUAUAGGACAACGCAAUCCUGAACUAUACCCCAAUGUGUGCGAAAUAGGUAGAAAAGGAAUAUAUGGGUGUUCUUGGUAUGUAUCUGGUGCAGUCUGGAGGUUUUCCCAUCAAUUCGUAUUUGUUUGGAGGAGGUGAUCCACGAUAUUUUACAGUAGAAAUAUGAUAAUUCAGUAAA